AUGGCUGAAAUACCCAAGGCUCGAAACCUGACCGCCCCUACACCACAGAACACGCCUGCAUCUAAUGCGCCCAUUUCUUCACACGCCACUGCCCCCAACGUGAGCUCCAUCGCUGAAGAGGACCUCGACCGUGUUACCGCUGCGUCGAUAUUUGCAAAGAACCCCGCUCUUGUAUCCAUGAUGCAGCAGAAGCUCGGUUCCCUCGUCGGCCGAUCUUCAGGAUACAUCGAGUCCUUGCCGGCUCCCGUCCGCCGCCGGGUUACUGGUUUAAAGGGAAUCCAGAAGGACCACGCAAAGUUGGAGUCGGAAUUCCAAGAAGAAGUCCUCCAGCUCGAGAAGAAGUACUUCGCCAAAUUCACUCCGCUCUACCAAAAGCGUGCCGCCAUUGUCAACGGCGAGGUGGAGCCUACCGAGGACGAGGUCGAGGCCGGGAAACCCGAGGAUGAGGAAGAGCCCGAAGAUGAUGCAGACAAGGAGGAGAAGACAACCGCAGAGGACAUGAAGGGAAUCCCAGAAUUCUGGCUUUCUGCCAUGAAGAAUCAGAUCUCCCUUGCCGAGCUCAUCACAGACCGAGACGAAGAAGCCCUCCGCUCCUUGACCGACAUUCGUAUGGAAUACCUUGAUCGACCAGGUUUUCGCUUGAUCUUCGAGUUCGGCCCCAAUGAUUUCUUCACCAAUAAGACCAUUUCAAAAACAUACUACUACCGAGAGGAGAGUGGCUAUGGCGGCGACUUCAUCUACGAUCACGCCGAGGGCGACAAUAUCGACUGGAAGGCGGGCAAGGAUCUUACUGUCCGAGUUGAGAGCAAGAAGCAGCGAAACAAGAACACGAAGCAGACCCGAGUCAUCAAAAAGACGGUUCCUACAGAGUCGUUCUUCAACUUUUUCUCACCGCCUGUUGCUCCAACGGAGGACGACGAGGUCGCCUCGGACAUCGAAGAGCGACUCGAACUGGAUUAUCAGCUGGGCGAGGAUAUCAAGGAGAAACUGAUUCCUCGCGCUAUUGACUGGUUCACUGGUGAGGCGUUGGCGUAUGAGGAAUUCGAGGAUGCCGAAGACGCCGAGUUCGAUGACGAAGAGGAUGAAGAUGACGAGGAUGAGGAAGAGGCUGAGUCUGACGAAGACGACGAGGAAGAGGGCGGGAAGCCUCGUUCUCAACAAACCUCAGAAUGUAAGAAUCAGUAA